AUGGUGUCUGGAGCCAGCACAACCUUACCAGAAGAUGGUGUGACCACAGCAGUCUCCAGUGACGGGCAUUCUUAUGGUUCUGAUGAUGCAUCGACGUCGCUGCCCCCAAGAACUGUAAGACCCCACCACACCCCAACAUACGAUGAUGAUAAAUCCACUCCAGAGCCCACAGUCCACAGCAGAGAGAACUCCACGGACUCCAGGGUUAUAACUGACCAUCCUAGCGAGAAAGUGGGUGGAGAGACAGAGACAGCAACUGAGAAAGGAGGCUUGGAGACCAUAGCAUUGGUGGGAAUCAUUUUGGGAAUCGUGAUCGCCAUUGGUAUCAUUGCUGGAAUCGUCAUUGCAGUCGUGAGGAAAAUGUCGGGCAGGUACUCGUAA